AUGACUGAGACGGCGAGGAAGAAGAAACCUGCAGUGCCAGCGAGAAAGCCGAAACGGACAGGACGGAAACAGCUCGCCAAGACAUCCCCACCAACGACAUCCACAUCUCUGGUGCCUCCAAGCAACCCACCGUUGCCGUUACGGACACGAUCAGAACCCCACCUUGACCAACCUCCUCGAUAUUCCCUUCUCUUCCCUCCGGAGCAGACAAAUCUGCCCCAACGACCCCGUCAACUCUUCCACCCACCUUCGCAUACCUUGAGAACUCCACCCCCACAACCAGCGACAGGCGAUCGCUUCCAGGCUGCCUCAUUGAAUGCGGUUCAAUUCAGACCAGCUAACAAUUCAGAGCGCUCCGUCAACAAUACCUUUAUCCAGCAGCAUCAGCCAAGUCCGGAGGCUGUAGCCCAUGAAGCUCUGCGUGAUCUCAUCUCCACCAAGUUCGAUGCUGUGAUAACCUCGAUUGAUGGCGAGCGAUUUGGUGGAGAUGAGCAAGAGCUAGUAAUCGAGGAUGAAUCGCAGUCAGGUAUCAGAGGAGGAUGGGGAUAUGGAAGUCGACAGGUGUCUCGGGGCGCCAACACAGCCAUAUCUACAGCAGUCGCUGGUACAAACUACUUCGCCAAGGCCAACCUAUACGCAAAUUCAAGGCUGCCACCGAAUCUGCCUCCACUGCAACUCUACCUACCGUCCUACCCUCUGCUAUGCCUCGCAGCCCAGUACUCACAACGAGCCUACAACAAGCCAAUAGGGAACGAGAGGGAAGCUUUCGUCAACGCUGAUUGGCGGAUGGGCACUAAAGCCAUGGUCAUCAAAUCCAUGCCAAUCGAUGAUAUGAACUGCGUGGUAUUUGCCAUACGCGGAAGCCAGACCUUCAUGGAUUGGGCCGUAAAUCUUAAUUCGUCACCAGUGUCACCCAAUGACUUUCUGGAUGAUCCCGGUAACCUCUGCCACUCAGGCUUUUUAUCGGUAGCCCGCAAGAUGAUAAAGCCGGUAGCUGCCCGUCUUCGAUCUCUACUGGCGGAGAAUCCUGCCCGCAGUACCUGCUCCCUACUCAUGACAGGUCACUCCGCAGGCGGAGCAGUGGCAAGUCUACUCUACGCCCAUAUGCUCGCGGAGCAAGUAAAAUCAGAGCUCAAUACAUUGGCUGGCUGCUUCAAGCGCAUCCAUUGCCUCACUUUCGGCACGCCGCCAAUUUCGCUCCUCCCACUUACGAAGCCUCCUACCUUCCGCUACAAGAAGUCCCUCUUCAUGUCAUUUAUAAAUGAAGGCGACCCAGUUCCUCGAGCAGAUAAAGCCUACGUUCGCUCUUUGCUGAAUCUGUAUGCCUCACCUUCUCCAGGCACCACGUGCAUCGCAUCUCUACCUGCCCUGAAGCCUUGCAAGCGGAAGGCGAAGCCCACGAAGGCAACAGAGCAGCGAAAUAACGCUCUAAGCGCACUUACCACACCCGUCCAAGCUCCGGCGUGGAGGGUGCCAGCUGGCGCGCUGUCGAAUGCUGGCCGUUUGGUUGUGCUAAGAGAGAACAGGAAUUCCACCGCUGGAGUGGAGGAUGAUGUCAAAGCAGAGAUCACUUGUGAUCAAGAGUUGAGGGGUGUAAUUUUUGGAGAUCCCGUAAUGCAUAUGAUGAAGGUUUAUGCGAGAAGGGUGGAGAUCCUGGCGACCAAAGCUGUCACGGCUAAGAUAUGGGGCUGA